AUGCUUAUAACUUUGUUCAAUUUUUCUCACCUAAUCUCAAUAAUUGCUGAUGAUGCUUUCAAUGAACUUACGAAUUUAAAAUACUUUGAUAUUUCAUUCAAUCAGUUGGUACAAAUGCCAAAUGUAUCAGCCAUGAAGAAACUUAUUAGUCUUUAUUUACACGAGAAUAGCAUUGAAGCCGUGGCCAAAGAAGAUCUUUCCAACAAUUUAGACCUUAAAGGAAUAUGGCUUUAUAACAACAAUUUGAAAUAUAUCCAAGCUUCUGCUUUUGAACAAUUACACAAUGUGAGAUUUGUUGAUUUGAUACACAAUAAAUGCAUUAACAUGGCUAGAAUUUAUUAUAACCCUCAGCCAUUCUAUAGUGCAAUAAAUGCAAAAUGUUCUAAACGUCCAAAUGAAGAUAAUGAAAUUGAGAUUUUAUUCUGA